GGGGGGUGUGCCACCUUCCCCAGGUGGGCCCUCCCUCGCCGCCCCCUCCCCCGCCUCCCUCGGCUCCCCGUCCUCAGGGGGCGCAGCCCGGAGCCGCUGAGGAUGAGACCCACCGUCUGUCUCUGAAGAGGGGAGCCCCUCCAGCCCCAAGCGCCAGUACCAGCUGGUUUCCUUCCUCGGCCGGGGCGACCUGGGAGACAGAACCCAGAGGUACCAUGGCUUCUGACCUUGAGAGCAGCCUCACCUCCAUAGACUGGCUGCCCCAGCUGACCCUCCGAGCCACCAUUGAGAAGCUUGGCAGUGCCUCCCAGGCUGGGCCUCCAGGGGGCAGCCGCAAGUGUUCCCCAGGCUCUCCUACAGAUCCAAAUGCCACCUUAAGCAAAGACGAUGCCGCCGUCCACCAGGAUGGCAAACCCCGAUACAGCUACGCCACCCUCAUCACCUACGCCAUCAACUCUUCUCCAGCCAAGAAAAUGACCCUGAGUGAGAUUUACCGCUGGAUCUGUGACAACUUCCCCUAUUACAAGAAUGCCGGCAUUGGUUGGAAGAAUUCAAUUCGGCACAACCUUUCCCUCAACAAGUGUUUCCGGAAAGUGCCCAGACCUCGGGAUGACCCUGGGAAGGGCUCCUACUGGACGAUUGACACCUGUCCUGACAUUUCCCGGAAGAGAAGGCACCCUCCAGAUGACGAGCUGUCCCAAGACUCACCAGAGCAGGAGGCAAGCAAGAGCCCCCGGGGAGGCAUUCCAGGGACUGGAGAAGCCUCGCUGUCUCCCGAGGGGAAUCCUCCGAUGUCUCUUCAGAGCCCCACAUCCAUCGCCAGCUACAGCCAGGGCACAGGAUCUGUGGAUGGCGGACCAGUGGCAGCAGGCCGAGAAGGUGCCGAGGGCGCCCCUCCCCUCUAUAACACCAACCACGACUUCAAAUUCUCCUAUUCAGAGAUCAACUUCCAGGAUCUAAGCUGGUCCUUCCGCAACCUCUACAAAUCCAUGCUGGAGAAGUCCUCUUCCUCCUCCCAGCAGGGCUUCUCGUCUCUCCUGGGGGACAUGCCGCCCUCUAACAACUACUACAUGUACCAGCAGCAGCCGCCAUCACAACAGCAGCAGCCGCCGCCGCCGCCGCCACCGCAGCCGCCUCCCCAGCAGCCCCAGCCCCAGCAGCAGCAGGCUCCAGCCCAGGGCCCCUCGGCUGUAGGAGGCGCCCCUCCUCUGCACACCCCGAGCCCAGAUGGGUGUACCCCUCCAGGGGGAAAGCAAACUGGGGCUGAAGGCUACGGGCCUCCCCCCGUGCUGGCCAUGCACCCGCCCCCACUGCAGCAUGGGAGCUAUCACCCUCAUCAGCACCAUCCCCACUCCCACCCUGCCCAGCCGCCACCGCAGCAGCAACAAGGCCAGGCUCCUAUCAACAGCACUGGCUUUGCCUUUCCCCCUGACUGGUGCUCCAACAUCGACUCCUUAAAGGAGAGCUUCAAGAUGGUGAAUAGGCUCAACUGGUCCAGCAUCGAGCAGUCUCAGUUCUCAGAGCUGAUGGAGAGUCUCCGACAGGCAGAGCAGAAGAACUGGACCCUCGACCAGCAUCACAUUGCCAAUCUGUGUGACUCCCUCAACCACUUCCUUACUCAGACUGGUCACGUGCCCCCCCAAGGAAGCUCCCACCGGCCACCAGCCCCUGCCCGUAUUGCUGACCCCUGUGCCCUCACCAGUGGCAAACAGGAGCCAGGCAUGAACCAAGUAAACUCCUAUGGGCACCCACAAGGCCCCCACCUCUACCCUGGCCCAUCACCAAUGUACCCAGUCUCCUCCCAGGACUCAGCAGGAUACAACCGUCCAGCACACCACAUGGUCCCUCGGCCACCGGUUCCACCCCCUGGUGCCAACGAGGAGAUCCCUGAUGACUUCGACUGGGACUUGAUCACUUAACGCGUCAGAGUGUGGCCAUCAGCCCAGGGCUGGGUGGUGAAGUCUGGCAGGGGGAGAGAGCCAGCCUCCCCUCUCCUACUUGUACAUAGAUGUAAUCCUCUGUGUUCUUUCUGUCAGAGAAGCCACCGCAAGAUGCUGCCGAAGAUGCCCCCUCUUUCCUGCCUCAUUCUCUCUUCCUUCUUGGUUUUUCCUAAUUCUUUAAUUAUUAUUCUUAUUAUAUUAUUAUUAUUAUUGUUAUUGGUUAUAUACUGUCCCUGGUCUCCCAUCCCUACACCAUAGACCAUGUCCACCCCUUGCUAAUUUAAAAUCAUCAGGCUAGAAGAUGGGGUCAUGACAGCGACAGAGAAAGGUUUCAAGUUCCGAUUCACCUUUCUUUUUGAGAAACUCAAUGUUCUUCCCACCUUUUGGCCCUAAACUGAUUCCUGUUGCUGUCUGUUUCAGGCCAGGACUGAAGGGGCCGCGUUGGCAAGUAGAAGAGGUCUAAAACACUGCUUGGCAGCCAGGAAUCUGCAGGUUUCACUCAAUGGUGCUAACCCUGCCCUUUGAGCUCUUCCUUGUCCCUUUGUCCCUUCAGUCCUCACUUCUGACAGUCCUCAUUCCCCGUACGUAAAGGGUGAGAGUGCUGAUGGUGGUCCUGGAAGGUCGCAGUAAAGUCCUAGUGGAACCAGACACCUGGCCUGGGUCCGGUAGGAUACUGUGAGAGGUGAUGGAACACAGCUCCCUGGGAAAGUGGGUGCAGACUGCCAUGCUGUGUGCACAUCCGCUGGUUUAUUCCUAGCCCGUUCCCUGAGGAGGUAGGAUUGCUCUUAGCCCAAACUCUGCUUCUGUGGUAGGGCAUGAGGUCAACUAUUCACCAUAGGUUCAGCUUCUUGGAAUGCUUUCAAUGUAACCAUUUUGGCAUUUUAAAGAUACUUUUCUCUGAAAAUUAACUGUGGCUCUUCUUUGCAUUUGCAAGGUAUCCUUCAUCCUUCCCCCCACAUUCAGCAAAUAUUAUUUUGUCCUCUUGUUGUUUGCCCAAGUCUUCCACCCAUCUUAUUUUAUGCCUCUAUUUUCUGGGAUUCUCAAGAGAGAAAAGGCAACCCAUUGUCAUUCUGAGUUCCUUCUUGUCCUAGACAUGAUGGGAAUCCCUUUCCCACUUUCACAGUAGAGUCCAACCUGUGAUAUUGAUGGUAGGAGGGUGAGGAGAGGAAAAGCUGGUAUAGAAAGGGGUAGGGAAUAUCACCAUUAUUUAACCUUAUAGACAGAUGCUUCUCUUGGAAUUCAGAUCAUAGGGGCUGAAGUUUUUGCAAUUAGACUUUGAAGGGUGAAGGAGAUUGACAGAGGAGAAUAAAUAACUUAGAAGGUAUAGAGACAGUGCAUCACCUUUUACAGGGGUGGCCACGAUUUAUUGCUGCAAAGUCCUUGGUGUAUAUUUAAUGUUCAUGAUUGAAUUUUAGUUACGAGAGAGAAGAGAAGAAUAAUUUUACUUCCAACUUUAUUUCACUCAAUUUUCCCUUUCUAAAGCUGCAGGGCAAAAUGAAUGGGAGGGACAAGGGCACCCUCUCCAUGAUUUCUACUCUUUGUUCAUAUUUUAUUUAUCUGUAUUUACAAGAGAUUUGGCUUUCCACUCCCCUGCUCCCCCCACCCCCCUUCCCUUUCUUUGGAAGGGGGUUAUUUUUGAGCUUGUUGAAGAAGCCCAGUGAGGCUGAAGUAAAAGGGGCAAGAUGGGGCAGUUAACUGACAAGCACUUUAUUUCUCUGAAGCCUUUGUACGAAAGACAGUGGGGGGGACAGUGGCUUGAGUCUCGUGAUGUUGGAGGGUGCUUUGUGGGGUUCAGGUAUGACCUAGUGUUUCCCGUUAGGGAAAGAAUUUCGCUUAGAGGGUGACAAGAUGCUGUUGCCCAGAGUCCCUUUGUCAGGCCUUUGUCGUCCAUAUUCCUUCCAUUUGAGGUCCAUCCCACACACGAUUCCCCCUCGGGUCUCCCCACCAUCUUCCUUUCACAAAUCUAAUCCCCCCCUUUCUAAGCCCCUCUCCCUCUCAGAUCCAUGCUGGAUUUGCAAGGGUAGGCUAAAUCAUACAUGUAAAUGCCCCUUUUCAUCUGUCUUCUGAAAAGUAGUCUCAUAAUUAAGAACCCUGGUGGGCAGCCAGAGUCACUGCCGACCGGGGCUGGCACUGGAGACUGGCCCUCGGGCCUGCCGGGAUUCCGGCUCCCCUCCAUCGAGGCCAGCCCCAUUAAAUGGCGCAGGAUAAAGGUGACUCCCAUCGAGCCUCAGUUCCCCCUCCUUUCCAUGAAAUGGGAAGAAUACUACUUUUUCUUGUUGGUCCUGCGUUGCUGGACAUGAAGUGUAGUCCAUGUUGUUGUAUCAGGUGAUGUGUGCAAACUUGCAGGCGCUCACUGCCUAGAAGAGGAAGUAAGGGAGACAGUGGAGGAGAGGGACGGAAGGAGCAAUUAUUUGGUAUAGAUCCACCUGUCCCAGCCUUCCUCUCCUCAACUCCCAUGUUUCUGGUUUGCUGAGUCCUUCAUACCACCCAUAAUGCUUUGCAGUGGUGCAGGCUGGGAAGGGGGGUGUAUGGUCUCACAAGUUGUUUUUUUGCAUGCUUUCUUAAUAAAAAAAAAAAAGGAAGUUUACAGUUUUACUGGUACUGGUCUCAAAUUUCUUUCUUUUUUUAAAUUAAUUUAUUUAUUUGAAAAGCAGAGCUACAGAGAAGCACAGGCAGAGAGAUGGAGAGAGGUCUUCCAUCUGCUAGUUUACUCCCCAGAUGGCUGCAAUGGCCGGAGCUGCGCUGAUCUUGAAGCCAAGAGUCAGGAUUCUUCUGGGUCUCCCAGGCAAGCGCAGGGGCCCAAGGAUCUGUCCUAUCUUCUACUGCUUUCCCAGGCUACAGCAGAGACCUGGAUCGGAAGUGGAGCAGCCAGGACUCGUACUUGCACCCAUAUGGGAUGCCAGCACUGCAGGCAGCAGCUUUACCUGUUAGGCAACAGCACCAGCCCCCUCAAAUUUCUUUUUUGCAGAGCGGGAAAGGAGAAAU